AUGGCGGCCGUGACCAUACUCUGGCUCAUCGCUAUCUGUGUCGGUGUCGUCGGCUGUGUUCUGCUGAGCACUUCCACCUGGCGCCGCUACCAGGAGAAUCCUACAGUCAUUUCCAUGGAGCGAGACUACCAAGAAUGGAAUACAUCAUUUCCUACAGCUACACUCUGCCCACGAAUGGCACCCAAUGAUAGAAAGGUGCAAGCACUCUCAGCCAAGUACUGGGACGCUAACAACUGGACGCUGCACCACCCUGUGAAUCUGAUAAGCGGGAACGAGCUAGACGGCGACCUGUUUUCGCAGAUCAUGAACAUGCAUGAACCAUCGAUUGUGUAUAUCCACGGGCCCAACGAGAUUCCGGACUCCGCUAUCCGCCACACGCAGCUACUUCGAAACCAAUACAAGACUCUGGACCUGACCGGCAUGGCCAUAUACAGCACGGCGAACACGCACUCGCUGUCGGUGAAGCAGCGCAAGUGCCGCUUCCUGCACGAGAGCAACCUGCUCAUCAGCCCCGUCUACACGUACAACAUGUGCCGCAUGCAGUGCCGCAUGCAGCUGUCCUACGACCUCUGCGGCUGCGUCGCUCACUUCUACCGCCCUGUCCGGAAAUUCCCUAUAUGUGAUUCUGAAGGGAUUAACUGCCUUAGAGAACAUUCUGAUUCUCUCAUCAAGGUGAUCGAUCCCAAAACGCAGAAUAAAGUUUGUGACUGUCUGCCGCCCUGUGAUGACGUCAAUUACAUGAUUGAACUAGAAAACGACAUACCAUGGUUUCUCGGCACAAAUAUUAAGUGGGGAUUGACGAAGUAUCCCCAGAUGAGGCUCAAACGUGAUGUGCUUUUCGGAUUUACAGACUUAUUAGUGUACAUCGGUGGUACAGCAGGAUUAUGCCUCGGAUGCAGCGUCCUCAGUUUCAUAGAAAUUAUUUACUUCUUCACCAUCCAUCUUUUCUGGUUCGUCGUUAAGGGUAAAAGAUUGUGCUGUGUAAGAAGAAUGGACUCUAGAUAAUCAAGAUAUUCUCCUGAUAAUAAGCAAUAUUUUAUGUAGAAAAUGGACAGGUGCCUUUGAAUAGACAAACUAGCUUUCUAUUGUAUUUAUUC